GGUCCGUGUCCUACCCAGUAGGCCACACUGCUUCGCCCUAACAGCCUUAACCCUUUCUAGCCCCACAGAUGGACCAGGCAUCGGGGUUCCCGGUCCUGAGGAGAGCCAAAGGGAAAGCAGAAACGGCCAACACACUGCGCCCAGCCAGGCUGGCGCCGAGCUCCCUCCACCUCCCAUGCCGCCUCUCCAGCCCGGCGCCUAAGCUCCUGCCAGGAGCUGUGCCCGUGCUGCCGGAGCGCCAGGGCCUGCUGGAGAGUCUGCAUGCCAACCUCCAGUGGCAGACUCAGCUCACCCAGCAGCAGGUGGCCAUCCUGGAAGACCUGCGAGCCUCUGUGAUCCAGCUGAUCCCCAGCCCCGGGCGGCCUGGGCCACCUGAAUAAUAAAUAAGCCUCAGCAGCCA